AUGAGUGAUCUCGAUAAUUUGUCUUAACCGCAGGAGGAAUUUCGUCAAAUAAAUAAAAAGAUCACGAUCGCUUAAUAAAGAAUUAUAAAAUAAAUUCUAUAAUCGAAUUAUGACAUUGGUGCAUCGCUUGUAUUAAUAACCGGACGUCCGCUUUCGUGUCUUUUGUCCCGAUUCUGGAGAUUGGUCGAGAUCGAGCUCGUCGACUGGUGGAGAGUCGAUUCCGGGAGUCUUCCGUUCUUGUUUUACUUGUCCAUAUCCAAACGCCGUCUUCUAUUCUUUAGUCUGUUUUUUAAUUUAUAAUCCGAAAUAAAUACUGCAGGAAUAGGCUCGGUUUGAAUGAUGCAAAUGUGCACAUCUUAAUGAAGAUAAUUUGCAUAACCUUGAUUUCCAACUGGUGAAAAAAAUGAUCCAAAUACAAUGAUUGCCGAUGAUAUUAUCUAUGUCUUGCUCUUGAUACUUUCGAUUGCAGUCGGUUCCUUCAUUAGAUCCAUUGCCAAUGUUAAAAGGCAACAGUUAAUUUCAACUCUGUUUGGAUUUGUUUUGGUAUUUUUUGUAUCAGGGAAACAUAUCAUUCAUCCAGUUAUAACAAUUCUUCUUAAUUCUGUCAUUGUGCUUUAUUGUAAUAAACAGUAUUGUCAUGUGUUCAGUUUUGUAUGCUGUUUUCUAUAUUUGGCAUUUUUCCGUACUGCAGAAUACUUUGGUUUGACAACCCCUCCUGCUCAUACCAAUGCUAUUCAGAUGAUUCUAACAUUAAAGAUGGUCGGAAUUGCAUUUGAGUUGAAUCACUCGCAUAAGAUAAAUCAAAAUGCUACCAAAGGCAUCUCAUUAAAACAUCAAUAUGAGAUGAUUAACCCAUCGUUCAUUGAUAUAAUUCAUUAUUCAUUUUGUCAUGCAGGUGUUCUAAUUGGACCUUAUUACAAAUACAAAACUUAUCAUGAUGCUUUUCAUACAUCUUAUAUUUCUGAAGUUCCUUGUGGAAAAUUUCUUAAACAAAGAUUAUGGCCUGUUCCCAUAUAUUUCUGCCUUUUCCUUUUGUUUCAUUAUCUAUUUCCUUUAGAGUAUGCAACAUCAGACGAUAUUAAUUUACGAUCUGUAUGGUAUCGGAUAUUUUAUAUGACUCCAAUAUUUAUUAACUUUCGUAUGAGGAUAUACAUUGGUUUCAUUCUCGGCGAAUGCGUUUGUAUCAUGUUUGGAAUUGGUGCUUAUCCGACAAUUUCAGAGCCUCAGCCAGGUAAAGGUCCAACAAAUUAUGCUGCAUUAAAGCAAUUUGAAGAUGAUUUUGACAAAACUUCUAAGCAAGAAUUCAGUUUUGAAACAGUUCAUAAUAUCAAUGAAUACGGAAGCGAGUUUUCUCCAACCAUAAGGGGAGGAAUAAGAUCGUGGAACCGCACUGUACAGUACUGGUUAGUCAUGUUUGUUUAUAAACACAUUCCUUGCUCCAAGCCAAUAAGAAUGAUAGUCACCAUGUUAGUUAGUUCUUUCUGGCAUGGAGUACACGCUGGAUAUUAUCUUUGUCUUCUGAGUGCUCCCUUCUUCCUUCUAGCAGAAUCUCAAAUGGAGAAAGCCUUUCGAUUUGGUAGUUAUAAAUUUCAAACAAUGUUAUUUGAUUUCUUAUGGUGGAUCUUUAAAAUGCAAGCAUUUGCAUACAUGGGAAUGGCAUUUUUACUGCUUCGUGUCGACGCCAUUUUUGGGUACUGGAAAUCUAUUUAUUUUGUUGGCCAUGUUCUCAUCAUAAUUUUCUAUUUGUUAGGUUAUUUUGUGAAUAUAUACGUAAAACGUCCCAAAAAUCUGGAAAAGAAAAAUUAAUGUAUUUAUUUAAAAUCAAAGAUGCCACUAUUAUAAAGCUUAAUAGAUUUUUCUUAUUUAUAAAAUUAUUUUAUAUCCAAAGUUUAUAGGCCUUUGUAUCAAUAUCAAAUUGCUUAAACAAUGUAUACAUUAUUUUCAAAUCAUUUGCACAAAACUCAAAAUUAAUUUUAUUUUACAAUUUAAUGAAAAAAUAAAUUUAUAUCAAUUAUUAAUAAGUAGCAACAAACGUGUUAUGAAAAUCUGAACCUUAAUAUUAAAUGAGCAUUUAUCUGUUUAUUUGAUUCUUUGAAUUUUCUUACAUUCAAUCUGUACAGAGUGUAAUAAAUGAAUCUUGAGGAUUUAGUUAAAUGAUUCAUGUAAAUCUUUAAGUAUAAUAGAUACUUGAGGUUACGUGUAUAAUAGAUAAUUGGCCUAUCUAUUAAUGUUUGUGAACAUGAUCAAAUUUUUUAUUACAGAAAAAGAUGUUUAUUGAUUAGGUCAACUGUCUGAUGUUUGAUUCUAUCAAAAUAUUCAUUUAAAAUAUUGAUCAUAUUCAUAAUAAUAAAGCCAAAAAUAUUGGCAUAUUAAACAAUGAUUUUUAUCAUUGCUACAAUCAAUUACAGUAUUCCUAUCAUUAAUAUUAUAGAAUAAUAAUAAUUUGUAGUCAAUUGUAAAAAGAUAUUCACAUCUUUCUUAUUACAGUUUAAAAGAAAAUUUUGCAAAAUAAAUUAUUUCUGCACUGUAAUUUAUUAGCUGUAAGAAAAAUUGUAUGAAAGAAGUAGAAAGAAAAAUUUAUUAGCUAUUUUAAAAUGAAUAAAUAGUGAUAUCUAUAAUAUAAAAAUUAAUUUACUGAGGGAUGAUUCUUUUGAAAACGAAUUCAUUCGUGUUUUGAUUUUAGUAGCAGAAUCAAUCAGAAAAUAAAUGACGACAAAAGCACCAGUUAUAAUAAUGUGCCAAAUGGCAAUUACGAUACUUUAAAUGGUGAAAAGCAAAAAGAAUGAAAUGUUUUAAUUUAUUUUGUAUUAUUGAAAUGUCUUUAUUAUUAUGUUAAUAUUUCUGAUUAAUAUAGAAAGUAAAGAAGAUAUUUAUUCUAUGCUAGUUGUAUUCAAUAAAGGAUAAGAGAGAUCUUCAAAUAUAAUUCCUUUAAUUUCUGUGAUAAUACUUAAUAAAUCCUUAUAACAGUUUUUAUCGAAUAAUAAUUAAUUUUGUAUUGACAGAUAGACUCAUUAUGCUACAAAUGAUGAUGAUAACAUCUAUAAAACAAAAAAGUAAUUAAGUUUUCCAGCUCUUCCUUUGGGAGAAGCAAAUAAUUCUUUAUAUUUAAUUUUUAUCAUUAAGAAAUCCAUUGUAAACUCCAUUUUGCAUAAUUCAUAUCCUUAUGUGAGCUUAAUACUUUUUUUACUAUAAUUUUUUAAUUCCAUGGCAUCUUUGAUUCUUUUUAUUAUAAUUGUGAAAUACUCUUAUUGAAAUUAUUUUCUCAUUUGUCAUAAUUUUUUCCCCAUUUAAAUGGAACAAGGUUAUUAAAAAACAAAUUAGAACAUAAAAAUAAUUUAUGAACAAAAAGAUUUUUAGAGAGAUGACGUAUCAUCUAUACAUAUGUGUAAAUUGAAAUUAGUAAAAUGCUACAGAUUAAACAAAAAAUUUACAUUUUAUAAAAUGUAUAUUUAAUAAACUAUUAUAAUAUAGUUAUUUAUAAUAAAUAAUAAUUGACGAUAGUUUUAAUAUUUAUAAGGAAAGUAAAAAAUGUGUCUGAAAAUUCCCACUUGAAAAUAGCAAUUAACUACUUAGCAGUAAAUAUGGGUUUAUCAAAUUAUUUCGACAUUUUUAUUGACGUCGACAAUUAAAAUAAUAAUAAAUUCCAAUGCCAAGAACAUUUAUAUCCGAAGAAAACAUUAUUUAUAAGGAAAACAAAUAAUUGUUCUUUCAAGUGUGUGAAGCGUGUUGUUAUACACCUUCAUAAAUUUCACUUUGUACUUUCAAGUAAUCUAUUGUCCAGUAUUUUACCCUUUUAAAGUGUUUUAUUAUAAGUAAAAAAAAAAAAAACGAAAAUGUGACUUCCUUCAUUAUAUCCAAAGAAAUAACUUUUAUACUAAAUUUGUAAUUGUGAUCUUUGG